CACAACACCGCACCACCGCCUCCUCCCCCUCGUCCUCCUCACCCCAUGAGGCCGCCUCCGAGACAUGCCUCGUAGCCCCGGUAGCAGCCGCCGCCUCCUCCGCGUCUCUCCUCCGUCCGAGCCCCCCGCGCCUCCGUAGCCAUGGCCAUGCCGUUCGCGCGCCGCGACAUCGAGGCGGCGGGCGCCUGCUCCAGCCAGGACGACUCGCCGGCCGCCAAGAAGGGGAAGCCGGAGGCCUCUGGGAUGCGCCCCACGCUGACGCGGUCCGAGGCGUUCGCGUUCGCAGCCGUGCUCGCGCUCUUCACCGCCGGGAUCUGCUGUGUCUUCCUCGCCGCGCCCCGCCGCGAGUUCGGGCAGAUCCUACGCCUCCCUCGCAGCCUCGCCGACGUCCGCCUCCUCAAAGACAAUCUCGCUGUUUAUGCAAGAGAUCAUCAAGCAAAUUUUAUAUUGGGGUAUUGCUCAAUAUACAUCUUCAUGCAGACAUUUAUGAUCCCCGGAACAAUAUUCAUGUCUUUACUUGCCGGGGCUCUUUUUGGAGUGAUUAAAGGUGGCAUUUUGGUCGUCUUCACUGCCACAGCUGGCGCAUCAUCUUGCUAUUUUGUCUCCAAGUUGAUUGGAAGACCCUUGGUUAGUUGGUUGUGGCCUGAAAAACUGAGAUAUUUCCAGUCAGAGAUUGCUAAGAGGAAGGAAAAGCUAUUGAACUAUAUGCUUUUUCUGAGAAUAACACCAACUUUACCCAACACAUUCAUAAAUAUGGCGUCAUCCAUUGUUGACAUACCUUUCCAUAUUUUUUUUGCUGCAACGCUAGUUGGUCUCAUCCCAGCAUCUUAUAUCACUGUAAAGGCUGGUAGAGCUCUAGGCGAUCUGAAAUCAGUUAGAGAGUUGUAUGACUUCAAGACAUUAGUCGUUCUGUUCCUCAUUGGAUCUGUUGCUGUUGUUCCAACAAUCCUGAAAAGGAAGAGAACAUACGAAUGAGGCCUCAGCGCAUCUAAUACUGUCUCCAGAUGCUCGAAAAUGUAUUAGCUUUUUUUCCCCCUAUCCUUCUUGUUUUCUUGAUAUUGUAUACCUAUUCAAUUCUAGCUGUAGAGAUGUAACAUCGAAUGCUUCCUAAUACCAGAUGACGCUAUUACUGUA